AUGAGGUGCUUGCUCCCUGUCGCCCUGCUCGGGCUCUCCGCCUCAGUCCACGCAACCCCAACCGUCAUCCUCGAGGACGUACAGGGGACACCAUUAGGUUGGAGUUUCCGCGGCUACGCCGGCCCCUCGGACAAGAUCACGUUGUUUGUCGCACUGAAGGAGCCCGGAAUCCAAGAGCUGAAGGCCAAGCUGCACCAGCGGCAGAAUCCCGACCACCCCGAAUUCGGACAGCAUCUCAGCCGUGGUGAAGUCCUGCAGCACCGCCAGCCCGCGGAUGCUGCAGCGCGCGCGGUUUCCGCCUGGCUGAAAUCGAGCGGGAUCCGCGACGUCCACAACCAGGGCAGCUUGCUCAGCUUCGAAGCCACUGCGCAGACCGUCAAGUCAAUGCUCCAGGCCGACCUGGCAUACUACGCCUACAACGGCAGCGACGCGCCGCCCGUGCUGCGGGCCAAAUCGUACACCAUCCCAGUCGCGCUGCGCGACUACAUCGACUUUCCCAAACCCACCAGCCACGCUCCGACCCCAACCAGUCAUUCCACAUCCCGCCGUCCAACCUCGACUCCCACCCCCAUCGGCGUACCCGGCAACGAAAACCCGUCCCCCAACCUCCCCUGUCUCGCGGCCACGGUGCCGGACUGCAUCAAGCAGCUCUACAACAUCACCUACACGCCCCCAUCCACCCCGCCCAGCCCCGUCCGCCUCGGCAUCGCCGGCUUCCUCGAGCAAUGGGUGCUCUACUCGGACGUGGCCGAGUUCCUCGGUCGCUACGCCCCCUCCCUCUUGGGGAGCUCCACCACCACCACCAACACCACCACCCCCAGCAGCGCGGCAGCCAACUUCACCAUCGAGCCGCUCAACAACGGCACGAACCCGCAGUCCCCGCCCUCCGUCGCCGGCCUCGAAGCCUCCCUGGACGUGCAGUACGCCCUCGCGCUCGGCUACCCGGCGCAGGUGACCUACUACAGCACGGGCGGGCGGGGGAUCAAGCUGGACCCGGCGACGGGGCGGCCGUGGUGCAGCGCUGCGAACGACAACGAGCCGUACCUCGAGUUCCUGACGGCGCUGCUGGCGCGGCCUGACGACGCGCUGCCCCACGUGCUGAGCAUCAGCUACGCCGACGACGAGGCCAGCGUGCCGCGCGCGUAUGCGCGGCGCGUGUGCGACCUGUUCGCGGCCCUGGCUGCCCGCGGCGUGAGCGUGCUGGUCGCCACCGGCGACGGCGGCGCGGCGGGUACCGGGCAGACGCAGUGUGUUGUUGCUGCUUCUGCUGCUGCUGCUGGCGGGGGUGGUGUGGAUGAUGAGGGGACGACGAAGCGGUUCGUGCCCACGUUCCCCGGCAGCUGUCCGUACGUGACGGCGGUGGGCGCGACGGACAACGUGGGCCCGCCGGUGGCCGGG